UGCAUAGAAAUGUCCUGAUCAUCUUCCGUGUUUGUGUUUUGUGCGCAGCAGCCAAGGGUAUUUAAAUCCGGGGACAAUGAAAUGUGCGUAGCGCGGACAGUUAUACAUUUACUUGUCUUCAUGACGCUUCAUGGAGCGGCUCGAGCUCACGCUGCGUCGCCGGUCAGCGUGUUUCACAAGGUUGACGGAAGAUGCGCUGCGCUUUUGUUGUGAUUGCUGCGAUCUGAUUGUCUGUGUGGUCAUUUGGUGAACACGGCACGGGUUAUAGUUGAUGGUCUUUUUGUUCUGGCCAGGACACAUCUGACCAUGUAUCACUGGGGGUCGUCUGCUCUCAGACAUGAUGCUGAAACGCCACCAGCAGUCACCUUGGUGAGGCAGCAAGUGACGCUGCUAACAGGCUGAGAUCCCCCUCCACGAACCAGUACUAGGGUUAGGGUCGUCUCUUAAUAUACAAAGACCAUUAUCUACAACAGACUACACGUCAGUUUAGCUUGCAUAUGCAGUCUUCUUUGAAUCCAAUCCAGCAGGCUACAUUUCCGACUUUGCUCAAGAGCUGUGAGGUCAUGGCAGCUGCCGGCGUGAGCAGACCUGGCGGUGCCCCGACCACUGAGAAGUCUCAGUUGAUCUUGAAAGUGGUGUCGGCGAAGCCUCAGUCUCCCAAGCUGCCAAACCGUCACUCUCGACUCAGCUCCUUUGUCGAGGUGACCGCAGACGGCCUGACCAGCGAAACCAAAAAAACGGGCAAGCGCAGCGGACACCUCGAGCUGCAGUGGAACGAAGACCUCACCCUUAAUGUGACGCCUCAGAGUCGUCUGGAUCUGAAGCUGUGGAGCUGCCACACCCUCAGGAAGGAGCUACUGGGCAGCGCCACCAUAGACCUGCUGGACACGCUGCGCACUCACGAUGGCAAGAUGGAGAACGUACAGCUGAGUCUGGUGCUCCAGACGGAGAACAAAGGCUCGGUUGUAGCGGGAGGCGAGCUCAACGUCUGUCUGGACGGCAUGGUUGUUGAUCUGGGCACGCUGCCCAAUGGCAGCUCGGCAGCCGACAAGAUACUGCAGGCAGACAGACCCAACCUGAGGAGGACGCAGAGUGAGGAGACUCCCGGUACAACUGGAUCUCAUGGCAGGAGUAACAGGCACUCAGUGGGGGGUUCGCAGGGUGGCUCCCCGGGGGGCUCCCUGACUAACGGAGAGCUGAUUGAGGAGCAGAUUCCCGGGUCGGUCUCGUCCGGUCGCCGCUGCUCCUCCAAGAGUCACGUCAGCCCCGGGAGCAGCGCAGACAAAGUGGAGCUGACGUCUAACGGGCUGGAGGGCGGUCGCGGGGGCGUGGCCCGACACACACCCCCUCCGUCCUCCCCGUCGGGGCGAUCCCCAGCCACCAGCAGUGGCAGCCCCUCCCCGGGCCAGGACGCCCUGGGUCCGGCCGCGCCGGCGGAGCCCGGCCCCAACGGCGCCUCUGGUGCCGAGCAGGCCAGCAACAGUGCCACAGAGCCCACCACAGACUCACUCCCGGCAGGCUGGGAGCAGAGGGUGUUGCCACACGGCAGGGUGUACUACGUGGACCACAACACCAAAACCACCACCUGGGAGAGACCGCUGCCUCCGGGCUGGGAGAAGCGAGUGGACCAGCGGGGCAGGUUCUACUACGUGGACCACAACACCAGAACCACCACAUGGCAGAGGCCCACGGCCGAGUCUGUGCGCAACUACCAGCAGUGGCAGAGUCAGCGCAGCCAGCUGCAGGGCGCCAUGCACCAGUUCAGCCAGCGCUUCCUCUACCAGCCGUCAGGAGCGCCGGUGGAAAAUGACCCUCUGGGCGCGCUGCCUCCUGGAUGGGAGAAGCGGCAGGACAAUGGCAGGAUCUACUUCGUCAACCACAACACGCGGACCACGCAGUGGGACGAUCCUCGGACCCAAGGGAUGAUCAAGGAGCACCCCCUGCCCCCGGGCUGGGAGAUGAAGUACACCGCGGAGGGAGUCCGAUAUUUUGUGGACCACAACUUGCGCACCACCACCUUUAAAGACCCCCGGCCCGGGUUUGAGUCAGGGUCACGGCAGGGCGGUUCACCCGGUGCUUACGACCGCAGCUUCAGGUGGAAGUACCACCAGUUCCGUUUCCUGUGCCAUUCCAACGCCCUGCCCAGCCACGUCAAGAUCUCCGUGUCCAGACAGACGCUGUUUGAGGACUCGUUCCAGCAGAUCAUGAAUGUGAAGCCGUACGACCUGCGCCGCAGACUCUACAUCAUAAUGAGAGGAGAGGAGGGGCUGGACUACGGCGGCAUCGCCAGGGAAUGGUUCUUCCUGCUGUCCCACGAGGUGCUGAACCCCAUGUACUGUUUGUUUGAAUACGCCGGCAAGAACAACUACUGUCUGCAGAUCAACCCCGCCUCCUCCAUCAACCCCGACCACCUCACAUACUUCCGCUUCAUUGGCCGCUUCAUCGCCAUGGCUUUGUACCACGGGAAGUUUAUCGACACCGGCUUCACGCUGCCGUUCUACAAGCGAAUGCUGGACAAGAAACCCACGCUCAAGGACCUGGAGUCCAUAGACCCCGAGUUCUUUAACUCCAUCAUGUGGGUCAAAGAGAACAAUCUGGAGGAGUGCGGCGUGGAGCUGUACUUUGCACAGGACAUGGAGAUCCUCGGGAAGGUUUCCACCCACCAGCUGAAGGACGACGGCGAGAACGAGCUGGUCACCGAGGAGAACAAGGAGGAGUACAUCAGCCUGCUGACGGACUGGAGGUUCACCCGCGGCGUGGAGGAGCAGACCAAAGCCUUCCUGGACGGCUUCAACGAAGUGGUUCCCCUGGAGUGGCUCCGCUACUUCGACGAGAAGGAGCUGGAGCUGAUGCUGUGUGGGAUGCAGGAGAUCGACAUGGCCGACUGGCAGAAGAACACCAUCUACAGACACUACACCAAGAACAGCAAGCAGAUCCACUGGUUCUGGCAGGUGGUGAAAGAGAUGGACAACGAGAAGAGAAUCCGUCUGCUUCAGUUUGUAACUGGAACCUGUCGGCUGCCUGUCGGAGGCUUCACUGAGCUCAUAGGAAGUAACGGUCCCCAGAAGUUCUGCAUAGACAAGGUGGGGAAGGAGACUUGGCUUCCAAGAAGCCACACAUGCUUCAACCGUCUGGACCUGCCGCCCUACAGGAGCCUGGAGCAGCUCCGAGAGAAGCUCCUGUUCGCCAUCGAGGAGACGGAGGGAUUCGGACAGGAGUGACGAGACGCGGGGCCACUGGAGAGGAGAACCCUUGGGAUAGUUCUUUGGUUCUUCAUAUUAUUAUUUUUUUGCAUUUGUUAAUCACAGGGCUGAGAAAUCAUCCGUCAUCUGCCGUGCCCCCUCAUGACGCCUGUGGAGUCGGCUGGUGUGUGCUCUUACCUGUGUACGUGUGUGUGUGGCUGCUCACAUUGAUGCCAUUGUGAAUGUCUGUGUGUUUGACAGGAAGGCACAUGCAGAGAGUUAUAUUUGACUAGAGUCGCCCCCCCCCCCCCCCCCCCCCCCCCUUCCAACACAAACACACACACACACACACACUUCUACUCACCGCUUUGAAAUGCACCGAAAACCAGACAGCCGGAUAGUUUUAACGUCAGCAGCGACUCACGCGGCAGCAGCACAGCUACGCGCAAAUGCAGUAUAACAUAUCUACCAGAGUGACAUCCUAAAGUAGAGAGAGAGAGAGAGAGAGUGUGUUUACGAGAGAGAUGUUAUCAUGAAAUAGUGAACCUCUGUUUCAGAGGGUAGAGAGAUGAGAUGUGAUUUUAUUUUUUAUUUUUCUGUUGUGAAAUUCAGCAUUUUUCCCCCUCUGUACAUAACUAAAAUAAAUGAGAUUUCAAUCUG